AUUCAAUUUUUUAUCAUAAUGGAUCUUGUAAUAUUAUUCGUCUUCCCAUAAGACAGGUAAAUUAUUUUUACCUGAAAAUGAUAAGUUAUAUAUUUCUUACAUUUCUUAUAUUUUCAGAAAAUAGAAAUUGUAUGUUAUACUAGAGUCGAUUUAGAGGGAACUAGAUAUUUACUUGGAGACCAUUCAGGUUGUUUGCUUAUGUUAUUUUUAAAGUAUGAAAAAACAUUAAACGGAAAAUUUAAAGUUACAGAUCUAUAUCUACGUUAUUUUGGAGAAAUUAGUAUUCCUAUAUCACUUACAUAUUUGGAUAACAAAGUAAUUUAUGUUGCAUCUAAAUUUGGUGACUCUCAACUCAUUAAAUUACAUUAUGAAUUGAAUGAAACUGGUUCACAUUUAACAAUUUUAGAUCAAUAUCUUAAUUUAGGACCAAUUGUUGACAUGUGCUUAGUUGAUAUUGACCAACGUGGUCAAGAACAAAUUGUUACUUGUUCAGGGGCAUAUAAAGAUGGAUCUCUUAGAAUUAUAAACAAUGGAGUAGGGAUUCAAGAAAUAGCCACAAUUGAUUUGCUUGGAAUUAAAGGAAUUUGGUCUCUAAGUUUUAACACAAAAAGUGAUCUAGAUGAUACAUUAGUAUUAUCUUUUGUUUGGCAUAGUAAAGUUUUGGCAUAUGAUAGUGAAGAGGCCGAAGAAAUAUAUGUUGAAGGUUUUGAAUCUGAGUUACAAACAUUUUACUGUGGUAAAACAUUAGAUAAUAAGAUGGUUCAAGUAACAUCUGCUAGUGUUCGGUUAAUUUGUAUGGAGUCAAAGAAAUUAAUAAGUGAAUGGAAAGUACCAUAUUUCAGAAAUAUUAAUGCUGUGUCGUGUAAUGGUCAUCAGGCGGUUUGCUCUUCAGGACAUGAUCUAUAUUACAUAGAAAUUGGAUCACAAAAAAUUUUUCAAAAUAAGUAUAACAUUUUUGUAUAUACAUUUGAUGUUUAGCAUUAAUUUUUUUUCAAAACAUGUUAUUAGGCAUAUUACAUUAGAACAUGAAGUAUCUUGUCUUGACAUUUGUUUAUUUAAAGACAAGUUUGGUGAAACUAUAAUAUUGCUUGCUAUUGGUCUAUGGACAGAUACAUCUAUUAAAGUACUUAAGCUUCCAGAUUUUGUAGAACUUGAAAAAGAAAAUUUAUUUGAAGGUAAUAAAUAAUGAUUAUCAAUAUAUGGGAUUAAGUUUUAUUAAAUAAGUAAAAAAUAUAUACCAUCAU